AUGCUCCACCACCAGCAACAACAACAGCCACCACAGCAGCAGCAACCUUACCAGCAAGGAGUCGUCUACAGCCAGAACCCAGGUGGACGGUACUCUGACUUUCAGCAACAGCAGUUUGCUAUGUCGCAGGGAAUGAUGGCACCUCAGAGCCCAACCAGAUCUUCGUCCCCUCAUUCGCAGGGUCGUUCGUCGCAAGAUUUUGGCCACCCACAUUCGCACUCUCAACAGCCCUACCAGCCUCACCACCAACAGCAGGGCCCGCCAUACCCACCAGAUAUGCAUCAGCCUCAUCUUCCUUUGCCUCCAAACCCAGCCAACAAUGGAGAAGGAUCUGCGGGUGGUCAAGGCCAGCAACCUGGCGGUGGCGAUGAGGAGCCAUUGUAUGUAAAUGCCAAGCAGUACCACCGGAUCUUGAAGAGACGUGCUGCCCGUGCCAAGCUGGAGGAGAUGAAUCGAAUGGCCAAGAUCCGCAAGCCUUACUUGCACGAAUCGCGACACAAGCAUGCGAUGCGAAGACCCCGCGGCCCAGGAGGGCGAUUUUUGACCUCGCACGAGAUUGCGGAGCUGGAUCGACUUCAGGCAUUGUUCGAGGCCCAAGGAGGCAUCGGUCCUGUUGGAGGCGACAUGCAUCUCGCCAACACCAACUACACUCCAGAGCAGCAGCAGCAGUUCAUCAGUCAACAAAUCCUCAUGCAGAGACAGCAGGGCACACAGCAGCAACAGCAGCAACAAGACCCUCACCAACAAGCUUUCCAUGACCAACGACACCGUCCUUACCCUCCUCGCUCAUCUCAGCCGCCACCACACCAACAGCAACAGUCGCAGGUCCCGUUGCCUCUGCAGCACCACUUGCCAACUACACCUGGGGUUGUUGACACAAUGUACAACCACCAACAACAACCCUCUGCCAUCCAACAAUUCCAUCAAGGCGAUGAGCUUCAACACCAAGCCCCAGGUAUGAUGUUGCCAUCUCAGCAGGGUAACCAGCUCACCCAGACUUUUGAGGCGGCAUCUUUGUUGACUUCGAAUCAGCCUGGUCCAUCACCCCUGACUGACGCUUCUGCAGGAUCCUCAAUCCCUUCAAUGGCAUGGUUGGGUCCUGCAAGUGAUCUUCCACUAGCAUCCGUCUCUUCCUCCCAUGGACGUUCUCAGUCGUUGUCGUCGGUGGGCUCGAUUUCUCCCGGCUCUGCCACCACGUUUUCGUCCACAGGUGCCACCGUCGCCACCUCGACAUCCGGUAGUGUUCCUAUUAGUCAGCAUUCUGUAUCUACAACUUUCCCAAAUGUCGAGGGAUCUUCUUCAUCGACUCAACAGCAAGGUUUCCACCACCCAGGGUCGGCUGCCAUUGGUUCGGCCGUGAACAGAUCAACCUCGCUCAUGACCCCCACGAGUUCAGCACAGCACACCCCAGCAGCGGCCACUCCACCCGUCACGGCGACGCCGCCUUCAGCAGCCAUAGAGACGGGUGGAGGCCCAGGAUCCACCGCGGUCCCUGCUGAAGUCGCUGAUCCAUCCUUUAUUUCGUUGGCCGAGUCAACUCAAGGACAAGGUACUACAUUUUCCUCGACGCCGGAUGAAGAAGAGGAGGGCGCUGUGGAGGACGCUGAGGAGGACGCCCAGGUGCCCGAAGAUGAUGGAAGCGGCAGUCUCUUGACUCCAACCGGGGAUGACUGA